AACAUCUACUAUCAACAUUAGCCAAGCCAUCCAAAGAAAUAUUAGCGACGCACACAAGCAACUGUCCCUUUAAUAAAAAAAACAAAAACAGUGCUGUCAUCUCUUAACUUUAUGUGUUUUGGAAUUGUAUAGUACUGUUUGAAAGCGGAUAGAUGUCUGAAGUCACAUCAGUGUGAUAUGAUUAUUGUGUCCUGUAGAGGUUUCUAAAAGGGCAGAAGAGGAGGCUGAGACACCAGAUCUCGAGGGUCAGUCUGACGACAGCAGUGACGAGGGCGAAGCUUCGGGAGACACUGAGAUGGAUUUCCUGCGCAGUCUCUUCUCGCGGACUCUCGGUCUGAGUCCUGGAGAGAAAGUCUUGGAUGAGCUGACCCUGGAUGCGGUCGCUCGCUACAUCCUUAGUGGCAAAUGUAAGAACAUUAUCUGUAUGGUUGGAGCUGGAAUAUCUACAUCUGCUGGAAUCCCAGAUUUCCGUUCUCCUGGCACUGGUCUAUACGCCAAUCUGCAGAAGUACAACCUGCCUUACCCUGAGGCCAUCUUUCAGAUCGACUAUUUCAAGAAACAUCCGGAGCCCUUCUUCGCUCUGGCCAGAGAGCUAUACCCGGGACAGUUUAAGCCCACAGUGUGUCACUAUUUCAUGAAGAUGCUGAAGGACAAAGGCCUACUGAGUCGCUGCUACUCUCAGAAUAUCGAUACUCUAGAGAGAGUUGCGGGUUUGGAGGGUGAUGACCUGAUUGAAGCUCACGGCACAUUUCACACCUCUCACUGCGUGAGCUUCCUCUGUCGCAAGGAGUUCUCCAUGGACUGGAUGAAAGAUCAAAUUUUCUCUAAAGAUAUUCCUAAGUGCGAUUCCUGUGGAAGCCUGGUUAAACCUGAUAUUGUGUUUUUCGGGGAGAAUCUACCUCCUCGAUUCUUCACUUCCAUGAAAAUGGACUUUCCUCGAUGUGAUCUUCUCAUUAUAAUGGGCACAUCCCUACAGGUUCAGCCAUUCGCAUCACUAGUCAGUAGAGUGUCAAACAGCUGUCCUAGACUGCUCAUCAAUAUGGAGAAAACCGGACAGUCGGAAUUUGGCACGGGGUUAUUCGCUUUUGGAGGAGGAAUGGACUUUGACUCGGAUAAAGCCUACAGAGAUGUGGCUCACCUGAGCACCUGUGACGACGGCUGCAUGGCUCUUGCCGAACUGCUGGGCUGGAAGGCAGAGCUGGAAGAGAUGGUGAAGCGUGAACAUGCUUUGAUUGACAGCAAAGAGGAUAAAAAGAAAGACAAGGAAGCCAAUCAGAGCUCCAGUAGCACGGGGGCGGAGCCUGUGAAGACUGACAAGACAGAAUAACCAAUCAGAGCAUGCAGAAGGUUCACAUGGCAGCCCUAAUAGAUCUCCGUAAUUCACUCUGGCCUUGUCGCAUCUAAUCUCUAUCAUGUUUUUUCUGUUUCUCUGAGCUGUUUUGUCUGUAAUAGCAAAAUAGAUGCUAUAGAAAUGCUACCGAAACCACAAAGAGCUCAAACAGGAACAGAUAGACGGCAAACACUUUAGCAGAAGCGUUGGUGUUCUGCUUUGGCCAAGAGACUGCUCUGACAAACAGUUUGUGAAACACAAUUAUAAAAAAACAUAAUGCUUUAAAUGUAUUUUUUUAAAGCUGAUAAGCAUUACACUUGGCUUUAUCACAUGUUUUCACAUCUUGCAAAAGCAUAUGUGUCUGAAACAAGCCGCAGCGAUGUGGCGUGUUGUCAAAUGAGACUUUGGCUUGAAAAGUUAUUUAUGAGUGAAACACAGGAAAACAUGGUGAGGUCAAAUUUUGUUUUCAACAUUUAUUCUACUUUAAGAAAAUGAAGCGUACUCUAAGGACCAUUGAGAUUUUUUUGCACUGUGACAUUAUUUUCAUUAACUAAAAUUUUACGUAAAUUAAAUAGAAUUUAUACAAAAAGCUGUACAACAAAUGAUAGCAUGCUGUAUAAAUUCUUUAUUUAAAUGCAAUUUUUUUUUUUGCACUACUAUAAUGAGAUUUACAUUUCUUUGCGUUUAAAUGCAUUUGUGUUAAGUCUGAGGUAAAUUCUUAACAGAUUUCAUGAAAUUCACCAUAGUUUUAAUGAGGGUGUACCUUGUCAAUAAGACUUUUCUUUUUUGUGCUCAAAAAAUCAUUUUUAGAUUUUAGUAGUCUAUAAUGUUAUAUUUUUAAAAGGGUUAAUGAAUUAUUAAUAAUAUCUACUGGAUAUAAACUAUUCUAAUACUUAUGCCUGUUUUUUUUCUUCUUUGGAUGCUUAUCUUUGGUUUGGAAUGAUAUCCACCCUAUGCUUCAGUUGUGUAAGAGGAAGUUGGCCCAGUAGUGUUUUACAACAUUACUAUUAUAUCUGAUUGAGCCCUUACUUGGAAACAAGAACAAGUUUUGUAUGUAUGCAUGUGGUGUGAUGUUGUCAAAAGGCAUUAAAACUACAUAACUCCCACAGGCCAACUAUUAA